AUGAAUAGCCGCAAGAUUCUGUCAGCACCCGAGGGUGCUAAAGCUGCCGGCCUUGACUGCGGCAACCUCACAAAUCACCGUCCCAGCGCCCAUGAAAGCCAGCCGACCUUUACACUCAUAGAGGACCUUCAGGCUACGUGUCCGCCCCAUCCAGUGUCACGCCCCUUCCAGUGUCCGCCCCUUCCAGUGUCCCGCCCCUUCCAGUCUCCCAACCCUUCCAGUGUCCCGCCCCAUCCAGUGUCACGCCCCUUCCAGUGUCCGCCCCUUCCAGUGUCCCGCCCCUUCCAGUCUCCCAACCCUUCCAGUGUCCCGCCCCAUCCAGUGUCACGCCCCUUCCAGUGUCCCGCCCCUUCCAGUGUCCCGCCCCAUCCAGUGUCACGCCCCUUCCAGUCUCCCAACCCUUCCAGUGUCCCGCCCCAUCCAGUGUCACGCCCCUUCCAGUCUCCCAACCCUUCCAGUGUCCCGCCCCAUCCAGUGUCACGCCCCUUCCAGUCUCCCAACCCUUCCAGUGUCCCGCCCCAUCCAGUGUCACGCCCCUUCCAGUGUCACGCCCCUUCCAGUGUCCGCCCCUUCCAGUGUCACGCCCCUUCCCGUGUCCCGCCCCUUCCAGUCUCCCAACCCUUCCAGUGUCCCGCCCCAUCCAGUGUCACGCCCCUUCCAGUGUCACGCCCCUUCCAGUCUCCCAACCCUUCCAGUGUCCCGCCCCUUCCAGUCUCCCAACCCUUCAAGUGUCCCGCCCCAUCCAGUGUCACGCCCCUUCCAGUGUCCCGCCCCUUCCAGUCUCCCAACCCUUCCAGUGUCCGCCCCUUCCAGUCUCCCAACCCUUCAAGUGUCCCGCCCCAUCCAGUGUCACGCCCCUUCCAGUGUCACGCCCCUUCCAGUCUGCCGCCCCUUCCAGUGAAAAAAUAUUAA